AUGACGCCAACACCGCCCCGCAGCGACUCGGUCCAUGUCCCCUCCCCCGGAAACGCGUUCUCCCCUUGUGGGGUCAACGUUCCACCCAUGCGGAGGCCGCAUCUCGAUUUUGUCUAUCGGAUUGUGUGCGAUAUGGACCCUGGCAUUUCCGAGAUUCCGAACGUUGAUAAUACCAGUGUCACGCGGGUUGUCCUACCCAUCUGGGGAGGAUCUGUACGAGGCCCGAGGAUUCAGGGCAAGAUUGUGGAGAGGAGUGGCGCCGACUGGCUAGAGCGCAUUCAUCCGGACAAGGUAUUUGCGAGAUUAAAUGCAAGAUACACUCUUCAAACAGAUGACGGAGUCUUCAUUCUGGUCAGCGCACAUGGGAUCUACAACAUCGGUCCCGGUCAGCCCCAAACACGAUCUCCAGCUCGAACAGUGUCUCAGAACGAGGUAGAGUAUUUUACCCACAUCAGAUUCGAAGCUCCUGGUGGCAGCCCAUACGGUUGGAUGAAUACCAUUGUGGCAGUAGGGGUUAUGACCAUGUUCGAGGGAAAGCCUGUGAUUGAUUGCUACCGACUUACCAACUUCCCUAACAAACCGGCGGAAAGGCUCUGA